AUGACAACACUGCCCCAGUGCUUCAUGACAGCACUUCCAAGGGAAGAAAGGAAACAAAAAGAAACUGAGGAGGAAGAAAUGACUGAGGUGGAUUGUGGAUUGGUACUAUAUGGUGGAAAGAUCUACUUUGGAACUUUCGAAACAUCGGAAAAAUUUGUGUUUUGUAAGUUACCAAUUGCAACAAUCAAUGCGGAGAAUGCUGUCAUAAUCGAUGAACGAGCUAAGACACGCGAAAUCAACAUGAGGGACUGUCAGACAGUAAACAAAGAGGAUAUUGUUAUGCAACAGAAAGGACAAAUCGAUUCCAAAGGCAAUGUUCUAAUUGAUGUAACAGUAACUGCAGUGAAGGAGGCCGUGAAAAAAUUCAUCAGAAAAUGAUUAUAAAACACUGGAUCUCCUUGUUAAAAAUGUAUCAUUUCAUAUAAUUAAUUGCAUUCUUAUUGUGGCUACUUUGUAGAUAUGCUUGCUCUUUUCAGUAACAAAACUAUGAAAUGUUUAAAUUAAGGAAUU